AUGAACAAUUUACGGCACCUGAUCUUGGACAAAGAGAAAAAGUUUGUUUUAUGUAAAGAGGAAGAUUUUGUAACCAGGGCCACUGACUUUUUCAGCCAUUUUCAUGCGGUGCUUUUGCAAUCUGAUGCAACAUAUACUGUCCUAAGAAAAGUUAAUGAAAUAGUAUCUCUUCCAACUGUUUCUGCUCUUCCCGGGCGUGUCGAUCCCUCGUUCAACGUAGCUUGCCCCAGGCUUUUUUUCGAGGUUAAAACCCAUAAGGAGGGUUGGCCAUUGAGACUGUUAGUUAAUAAAAGGACCCAUCCAGCCUUCCAUCUUGAAAAUGUGCUGGCCAAGUUAUUAAGUGGUCUCCUACCUCCUUCCUGUUUGGUUACAUCUUCCUCCAUUAUGGUGAAGGCCCAUAUACCUUCUGUCCUAAACGACAUUUCACAAAAUGAGUAUAGUUUCUACAAGUUGGAUGUAGUUGCUCUUUACUCCUCAGUACUGCAGUUUGAGGCUGUUAUGCUUGCUAAUGUGCUACUAAUCAAGACGGGCUUUACAGCGCAAGAAGUUUUAGAGUUAUGCGAAGCUUUACUUUUUAUUUCCAAAAAUAAUUAUUUUCAGUUCAAGGGCAAAGUAUAUCUACAGCAGCAAGGAGUCCUGAUGGGCUUACCACUUUCAGCGGUUUUAGCGGAAGCUAGAUUGUUUAUGAUAUCAAAGAAAGCAGGUGGUUUGGGGACAAAUUUGAUAGGUGCAAAUCGUGUAAUCAUUAUGGAUGCUUCUUGGAAUCCCAGUCACGAUAUUCAAGCUAUAUUCAGGGUUUAUAGAUUCGGUCAGAAAAAACCUGUCUAUAUUUAUAGAUUAUUGGCUCAGGGAACAAUGGAAGAAAAAAUCUAUGACCGUCAAGUUACAAAACAGUCAUUGUCUUGUCGAGUUGUAGAUGAACAACAAAUUGAACGUCACUUUAAUUCUGCGGAUUUAGCUGAACUGUAUAUGUUUAAUCCUGACAGUAAGAGUAAACGACCUACUCCAAUGGUUCCUAAAGAUCGACUUUUAGCAGAAAUGCUAAUAAAAAACAGAGACUGGAUUGUAAAUUAUCACGAGCAUGAUUCUUUGUUGCAAAAUAUAUCAGAAGAAGACCUUACUGAAGAAGAAAGACAAGCUGCUUGGGUGGAAUAUGAAGCUGAAAGAGAAGGAAUUGUUCAAAAUAGUAACACUGGUAAAUAUUUUUUUUCCUUCUAAUAUUUGAGUAUAUAA